CGUACUUUUUAGCCAGAAGAAGGUACCUCACUUCCGGUUUGUGUAGAGACGCUGUAAGUGUGUAACUCCGAACACACACGUCUACACACGUCCACACACGUCCACACACGGCGUUUAGUGCGAGUUUGUGUUAAUGCGACGGUGACCUGUGAUUGGCAAAGCCUGGGUCGCCAAUGGCAACAAUCCCACCCCCUCAACUCUGGUGAAAUAAACUAGUGGGAGUUGGAUAUACUCUGACACCACACACACACACACACACGAGUACACAUCACGUAUGUGGGUUUGUCUCUGGUAUUCACCCAGGAGCAGGAAGUGCAGUUAUGAACUGCAUGCAGGCACUUUUGUAUGUGGUUAUUUAUGUGUGUGAACUCACACAGAGAUAAUAAGCCAGUGUGUGUUUUGUCCCAUUAGUGCCUUCUGUACCCGAGAGAGAACCACGUCCUCGUUAUCGGCGUUCUGCUCGACCACCAUGUUUUAGUUUCUUAAACAUAAAUGCUAACGGGUGCUUUGUGUGACGCCUCCGUCACCCGACUGCAUCUCUGUUGUCAGAUAUGAGACCUCCGUAGGCUGAGGUCACCUCCAGCUGGCUUCUGUUUCAGUUCUGAACCCCUGUCUGAGUGACCCGGACUCACCAUGUACACACUGAACUCCAAGUGGCGUUAUUUGUUCAUGCUGCUUGGCCUGCAGCUCAUCGUCAUGGCGCUCCUGUCCAGAGACUCUUACCAGAAGAGAGUGACUUACUUUUUCCGGAUUUUCCGCAAACUGGAUGUGCUGAGCGGUCAGGCCUGGUCGGGGGCUGGUCACGGGACCAACCGCACAGUCACUGACGUCUACGCCAACCUGUCCCAACUGGUGCUAGUGUCCCAGAAAGAGGUCAUGCACUACUGCCCCAAAAAAUCACCACUGCUCAGUGGACCAAUCCACAUCAGCUUACCCUCAAGACUCACACUCGCUUAUGUGAAGAGGAAGAAUCCACUGGUGGUGCGCGGGGGACGCUACAGACCGCCGGACUGCGAGGCUCGGUAUCGCACUGCUAUAGUCAUUCCUCACAGGAACCGAGAACAACACCUGAAGUACCUCCUGUACUACCUACACCCCUUCCUACAGAGGCAACAGCUGAGCUAUGGCAUCUAUGUCAUCCACCAGGCCGGUAACUACACGUUUAACCGGGCAAAGCUGAUGAACAUUGGCUUCCGGGAAGCGAUGAGGGAGGAGGACUGGGACUGUCUGUACUUCCACGACGUGGAUCUGAUCCCUGAGGAUGACCGUAACACAUACGUGUGUGACAGAUAUCCCAAACACGCCGCCAUCGCCAUGGACAAGUUCGGCUACAAACUGCCCUAUAAAGGUUAUUUUGGUGGCGUGUCAGCAUUAACUCCUCUACACUAUCUGAAGAUGAACGGCUUCCCCAACAACUACUGGGGCUGGGGGGGUGAGGACGAUGACAUAGGCAUCCGUGUGUCUCUGGCCGGGAUGUCCAUCAGCCGUCCGUCUCUGAGGAUCGGCCGCUACAAGAUGAUCAAGCACAAACAGGAUAAGGGCAAUGAGAUCAACCCUAAAAGGUUCAGUUUGUUGGCGAAGACGCAGAAGACAUGGAAGUUGGAUGGGAUGAACUCGGUGGAGUACAAGCUCGUGUCUCGGGUUUACUUACCUCUCUACACCAACAUCACCGUCAACAUCGGCACCAACCACACCAUGAAACCUACAACCACUAAACCACCCGGCAAACGUGCAGAGAACCGGCCUAGACACUGACACACACACACACAGACCUGUGUCCUACACACACACCUCUCCGCACCGUGCGUGUUUGUGUGUAAGAGAUUCACAGACAGAGACACACACACACACACACACACACACACACACACACACACACACACGGUUGACAUUUGAAUGAUUGUACAGUUUGGGGUGCAGAGCCUCUGUAGUGCAUAUAUCAGGUUAUAAACUAGUGCUCUUUCUGACAGGGGUCUGUCUCUCUCUCCCUGUCUGUCUGUCUGUCUCUCCCCCUGUCUGUCUCUCUCUCUCCCCCUGUCUGUCUCUCUCUCUCCCCCUGUCUGUCUCUCUCUCUCCCCCUGUCUGUCUCUAUCUCUCCC